AUGUCCACUGCAAUAUCAACGAGUGCAGCCGGCUCAACAGCAGCCAGUACCCCUGGUUCUACGAGUUCCGCAGGUUCCACUGCUUCAGUCGGAACCGGACCAGGAGGAACGACCGAAUCGGGAGGUACAACUGUAUCGGAAAUCAUCACCACCAUUAAAACGACCACAAGUGGAGCUCCCCCAGCUGAAGGCGGUGCUCCUCCAGCUGAAGGCGGUGCUCCUCCUCCUGAAGGCGGUGCACCCGCCGAUGCUCCACCACCAGAUGCUGGAGGUGCUGGUGCUCCACCCUAUGCCGGACGAAUGGAAGCUGGGAAAUCGCCAUCAUUCCAUUGCCAGACAGGCGAACAGGGAAGAUGGAGUCAAAGCUCCUCAACUAUGGAAACGGCUACCUCCAUCUUAGACGAAACAAACGGACAGAAUAUCAAGGGCGACCCGGAGCGACAGAAGUCCGAGGCGAAAUGUCAACUGUCCGCGUCACAGAAAUCACAAGCCACCGAAAUUCUUCGUAUAAUUACGUCAUAG